CCCAACUCAACACAGAAACACAAACUCUGUAUCUUUCUCCGGUCCGGUGUAAAAUAUAAUUCCUUUCUCUCAAUGGGAGACCACAAUCAGCCAUUCCUCUCGGUCUCCGGCGACCCAGAAUGCGCUCCGGUACACGACGACAGCGUCGUUGAUGACGCCCUCCACCGGCCGCAGGGAUCCAGCAAGAGUAAGCUGCUUCUCGCCGUUUUCUCCGGAAUUUUCGUGGUCUGCUUGAUCCUCGCCGGAGGCUACGAUAAAUCCGGCGUCAUUAAGAUCCACCAAUUGGAAGGCGGAGAUGAGAUGGGUGUUGGCCCAAUAGAGAUGCCAGCUGGAAGUGCGACUACUAGGCCCUCUCUUUCCCGAGGGAAAUCCGCCGGCGUGUCGGAGAAGGCUAACUUAUCACCGCAGCAAUUGCUCGGCGGCGGGGAAGGAAGCGGCGACGGGCUGUCGGAGGACUUCCCGUGGAACAACAGUAUGCUGUCCUGGCAAAGGACGGCGUUCCACUUCCAGCCGGAGAAGAAUUGGAUGAACGAUCCCAACGGUCCACUCUUCUACAAAGGAUGGUAUCACUUCUUCUACCAGUACAACCCGAACGCCGCUGUCUGGGGCGACAUCGUGUGGGGCCACGCAGUCUCCCGUGACCUGAUCCACUGGCUCCACCUCCCACUGGCCAUGGUGGCGGACCAGUGGUACGACGUCCAGGGCGUCUGGACCGGGUCGGCCACCAUCCUCCCGGACGGAAAGGUCAUGAUGCUCUAUACCGGUUCGACCAACGAGUCGGUCCAGGUCCAGAACCUAGCCUACCCGGCCGACCACGACGACCCACUCCUCCUCGACUGGGUCAAGCACCCAGGCAACCCGGUCCUCGUCCCGCCGCCGGGCAUCCACCACAAGGACUUCCGCGACCCGACCACCGCGUGGCAGACAUCGGAAGGGAAGUGGAGGAUCACGAUCGGAUCGAAAGUCAACAAGACCGGAAUCGCCCUGAUCUACGACACCGACGAUUUCGUCAAUUUCGAGCUCAAGGACGGGUUCCUCCACGGGGUUCCGGGUACCGGAAUGUGGGAAUGCGUCGACUUUUACCCUGUCGCCGUCGCCGGCGGCGACGGCCUUGACACUUCGGCGAACGGCGCGGGCGUUCGCCACGUGGUGAAGGCGAGUUUGGAUGAUGAUCGACAUGAUUACUACGCGAUUGGGACUUACGAUGAGGAGGCCGGGAAAUGGUACCCCGAUAAUCCGGCGAUCGAUGUCGGAAUUGGGAUAAGGUACGAUUAUGGGAUCUUCUAUGCUUCCAAGACUUUCUUUGACCAGAGCAAGCAGAGGAGAAUCCUUUGGGGGUGGAUUGGUGAAUGGGAUAGUGAAGCUGCUGAUGUGAGAAAGGGAUGGGCUUCUCUUCAGGGCAUGCCAAGAACAGUUGUUCUUGAUACAAAGACGGGGAGCAAUCUGCUUCAAUGGCCGGUGGAAGAAUCGGAGAGCUUGAGAUUGAGAAGCAAGGAAUUCAAGAACGUUGUAGCCAAGCCGGGUGCUGUUGUUCCAAUCAAGCUUGAAGCAGCCACACAGGUUUGUGAAUUAGAACAUUGGUGUUUCUGGCGAAUGCAGUUAGACAUAGUCGCUGAGUUGGAGCUGGACAAAGAGGCGGUAGACAGAGUAGUUGAGUCCGACGAGGAGUUCAAGUGCAGCAGCAGCAGCAGCAAAGGUGCAGCUCACCGCGGUGCUUUGGGACCAUUCGGCCUUCUGGUUCUCUCGGAAGAGACUCUCAGCGAGCAAACCCCUGUAUACUUCUACGUCGUCAAGGGAAAGAACGCAACUUUGAGGACUUACUUCUGCGCUGACCAAUCUAGGUCAUCUCUGGCGAACGAUGUGAAUAAGCAGAUUUACGGGAGCUCUGUACCGGUACUAAAAGGGGAGAAAUUCAGGGUUAGGAUGUUGGUGGAUCAUUCGAUAAUCGAGAGUUUUGCUCAGGGUGGAAGGAGUGUUAUUACGUCGAGAGUUUACCCAACAAAGGCGAUCUACGGAGCAGCUAGGCUGUUUUUGUUCAAUAAUGCGACAGAAGCUGGUGUCACAGCUUCUAUCAAGGUUUGGCAGAUGAAUUCUGCAUUCAUCCGCCCAUUUCCAAACCUGUAGAUGGAUGAUUCGACGGGGAAGAAGCCUCGAAAACGAAAAAGUGAUAGAAGAAGAUAAUUCGAUGACCCGCUAAUGAUUUUGUGGUGGGUUCAAUUUGGAGUAAUUAUUUUGUUUCUUUGGGAUGAAGGGGAAUGUGAGCUUGUUGUAAUUAAAGAAAGAGGGAAAUGUAAGAGAGGGGUUGUAAUUGUGAGUGGGCGAUGGAUUCCCAAUUUCCCAAUGAGAUUGGUGUAAAUGAUCUUGCAAUCUCCCUAUAAUCAAUCUUAGAUCAAAUGAUUGAUUUGCGAAAUCUUGUUUAAGAUCCUCUGUGUUCCUUUUUAUCGCUUUUAGUUUGAGUUUCAUAAUAUAAUAUAAUGUAUAA